AUACCAAAAACAUUCAUCAAGAUUAACUAGAAGUCUACUAGAAAGAUGAAAACCCUUUCACUCUUCGGCCUUGCCUUGGCCUUCUGUUUCCUAUCUGGUGCUCAUCCUGCUCAAAUAACUUUUACAAACAAUUGUCCUACAACUGUAUGGCCAGGAACUCUAACUGCGGACCAGAAACCUCAACAAUUAAAUACUGGAUUUGACUUGGCAUCCAAAGCAUCCACAUCAAUUGAUGUCCAAGCUCCAUGGAUAGGCCGGUUCUGGGCCCGAACACGAUGCAACACGGACGCUUCGGGAAAGUUCACUUGUGAAACUGCUAAUUGUGGAUCCGGGCAGGUUGCAUGCAACGGCGCCAGUGCAAUCCCGCCAGCUUCUUUGGUAGAAAUCAACAUAGCAGCAAAUGGUGGAAAGGAUUUCUACGAUGUCAGCCUUGUAGAUGGCUUCAACCUCCCUGUUUCGGUUACCACACAAGGUGGGAACGGUGAUUGCCAACCCUCAAGCUGCCCUGCAAACGUGAAUGAUGUUUGCCCUACUAAUCUGCAAGUGAAAGGAUCUGAUGGGAGCGUAAUCGCUUGCAAGAGCGCAUGCGCAGCGUUCAAUCAGCCACAAUACUGUUGCACUGGCGCUAAUAAUACCCCAGAGACAUGUCCACCCACAAACUAUUCCAUGAUCUUCAAAAACCAAUGCCCUAAAGCUUAUAGCUAUGCUUAUGAUGAUAAGAGCAGCACAUUUACCUGCUCCGGUGCACCAAACUAUAUUAUCACGUUCUGUCCUUGAACUUAUGGAGACGAAUUAUGUAUUCCUUACUCUCUAUAGUAAUAAUUAAGAUAGCAAUAAGUACUGUCAUUGACAAAGGCACAUGCAUGAGCUCAUGCAAGACUUUGGACAGUUAUAUUAUUAGUGGGCUUUUGCCAAUUAUGGUUUAUGUUUAGUUGCGCGCAUUUAAAAAGGCUAGUUGAUUUAGUGAUCAUUAAGAUCCUGUUUGUACUUUGUUCCUUAUCAUUUUCUCAAUCAA